AAAUAAAAGUUAGUCUGUUUGUAUUUUAGUGUGCAAAAUUAUAGUUAACUAAACCGUUGUUAUUAGUUAGAUUUCAUUAUGUUUCUUUUCAAAAAGUUAUCCAUCUUCACAUAUUAUUUUGAAUGUAUGUACUACUAUUUUAUGUGUGCAUGUGAAAUAAAAUCAAAUACAUGGUGACCAAUACCAUUCUCACUAUACUACUAAUCAUAUUAAUAAAAUAAAUGAGGUGAAAAAUAUUAUAAAUCAGUUUCAAGUGAAGAGAAACAAAAAUAUUAAAUUGACAAGUUUUUUUUAAAAAAAGAAACAUACUAAUUACUACUCAAAUAUAUUGGAAUGUGAAUAUACUAACUGAACUGAUGAUAUAUUAGAAAAGUAUUUUUGAGUUCAAUACAAUAAUCAUAUAGAUGGUUAAUAGAAUAUACAAAAAAACAUAAAUUUCAAUUGGAUUUUAUUUAAAAAAGUUUUUUUUCAGUGGAUUAAAAACGAACUAAAUUGUUUGUUUGAAUUUAGUUUUUUUUAAUGAAGUCAUUAUCAUAUGAAUAUUAUAUAAUAUUAAAUAUGAUUUUGUUAUUAAUUUUGAAUGAAUUACCAUUCAUUAUUGGUUUAACUGAACAUGUUCAAGUGUCAAAUACAAUUUUAAACAAAGAAUGUGAAAAUGAUGAUCCACUAGGUAUGAUAUCAGGUACAAUUGCUGAUUGGCAGAUUACUUCAUCUUCAACUUAUCCAUCUAGUUUGGUGAAAGGAUGUGAAGAAAAAAAUGCACGUUUAUUUAGAACAAAUGGUUUAGCUUGGUGUGCAAAAUUUAAAUCCUCUUCAGAAUGGCUUCAAAUUGAUCUAGGUGUACAAGCAUUGGUAACAGGCAUCAUGACUCAAGGUCGAGGUGAUGGUUCAGAAUGGGUAACUUCAUUUAUGGUAUCCUACAGUGAUGAUGCUAUGCACUGGAAGUUUGUCACUGACCAAUAUGCCAAUCAAAAAAUUUUCGAAGGAAAUUCAGACUCCUACUCAGUGAAACAUAAUUAUUUUGAUGAACCAAUUCGAGCGAGAUAUGUUAAAAUUCAUACAUACACAUGGCACAAUCAUCCUAGUCUUCGAGUUGAACUAGUCGGCUGUCAAUCAUGUAAACAACUUAUUGGUAUACCUCCUUAUGCAAGAUUCGCUGCUUCAAGUUCUCGUGGAAAACGAUCGCAACGUUCUUGCACACCAGAAUAUGGUCAUUAUCUAAGUAAUAAAGCAUGGUGUGCUCAGCGUCAAGAUGCUUUGCAAUGGCUUCAAAUAGACGUUGGACCACCAACAUUAAUAACUGGAGUUAUUUUGAAAUCACGAGGAGAUGUGAAAAAUUCGCAAUAUGUGACACGUUUCAAGCUCUCUUACAGUAAUGAUACACGCUUGUGGUACUUUUACAAGGAUGCAGCCCCUCUAGAUCCUAGAAUAUUCGAUGGAAAUAAUGAACAAAUAACUGAACGUAUUCAUUAUUUGGCUACUCCAUUUAUUGCACGUUAUGUACGUAUACAUCCAGUAAUAUGGAGAAGUCGUAUUGCAAUGCGUGUUGGUCUAUUAGGAUGUAAACAGAAAGGUUCAUGUACUGCUGGUUUCUUUAGAAUUAACAAUGAAAGUUCUUGUGUCCCUAAUCUUGCUUACAAGAAAAAUGCUUGGUUAACACCAGAAUCUUCAAAUCAUCGUAAAAGAAAUCUUCAAGAUUCUGAUAAAGCAUCACGAUCAUAUGGUUUCACUAAUGAAGCAAGGAAUGUAAUUGAUCCUGAAAAUCCAUCACACUUUCAGUAUACUGAAAAUCAACGUCCACCAAUGUUGGCUCAUCAUAGGAUAAGAGAUAACACCGUUAAUUCAAAUGCAUUCAAAUUUAGUAAUAUACCUUUAUGGUCAUCAGUUAACGGUAUGACCAAUGAACAAUUCAUGGGUGACAGCAGGGAUGGAAUGGCAUUGUUAGCUGUUGAUGGUUGGACAGGUGAAGAAAUACUUUUAAAAAAUUCAACCUUAUCAACGAGGUCAUCAGAACGUUUAAUGAACGAUGCUCCAGAUAAUAAACAACUUACGAAUGAUAGUUUAAAUAAAAGAAGUAUACAGAAUGUUCUACACACAACCUCAAUGACACAAAAGUCGGCCCAUCCAUGCACAAUACUUGAAUAUCGUUGGCCUUUUGUUGAAUUACCUUCAUGGUAUGUAGAUCUCAGGGAGCAUAUUGAAGUAAAAGGAGUUGUUAUUUAUACAGCAGGUCAUGGUAGAGAUGGAAGAUAUCUUCUGUCUUCUCUAUUCGGCAGUGAUGACAAAACAAAAUUAAAUUCAGAAAAUUUAGAAAGAUUAUCUAUCUAUGUCGAAUCGGAGCCACGUCACCACGAUACUAAAGCAUUAUCCAGAUCAAGUUCUAGUCUAUGUGGUUUUGUGACUAGAAUUAAUGAUGCUAUAUUCAGUCCACGUUUACAUAUACCUUGUAGACAACCGUUAAUCGGUCGUUAUGUUUAUGUUGAAGCUCGUGGAGUUCGUGGAAGGUGGUCACAAGAGUUUGCAGCUUUGUUAUGUGAAGUUAUGGUGUAUUAAAACAAAGCUGUUCUUGUUAGUGCUAUGAAAGUACAAAUAAUGCAUUUAUAAUUAUCAUAAUAAUUAUCAUUUAUACCUCGUUAUAAUCAUUAGCAAACAAAAACCAAUCAUUAUUUUAACAGUGUAAAGAUGAUACGAAUUAUCACAGUUAAAAUGAAUCUAACAUGAAGUUUUUCUGUCCAUUAAACGUUAUUUACCAUUAUUUUUGUUUUAUCACACUGUUUCCUUAUAUUAAUUUUUUACGUAGGAAAUACUUGUUCAUCAUCAAAAUAUAUAUUCUUUAAAUAUAUUUACAUAUAUAACAAUGAAAUCAUUGCAUAUUCCUUAAUUAUACAUAAUAUGGUUAAAAUGUUUCUCUAGGCGAAUACCUUAUUUAUAUAGAAAAUCAUUUAAUCUAAAAUAGCUUUAUUUGUCUAACGCAUAUUAACUUUAGUCUUUUCAAAUUAUGUAAUCAUCCUAUGAAUUGGAAAACAGAUCAUUUUAAUAAGUAUACCUUAAUGAAUUCAUUUUAUAGCUCAUACGACAAUAUAAAAAUAUAUUAAUAAACUUUGCAUUUAAUAAUGAGAAUUGUUUCACAAAUAAAUCCAUUUAAAAUAAAACUCUGAUAACAAAAUUGUUUAUAAUAAGGUCUCGCUGUUUCAUUGUUUUAUUAUCUACCCAGAAGAUGAUUAGAAGCUCAAAAAAUUGAUUACUUCGCAGUGUUCUUAAAAUGUACUUAAUUUCGUUAUCCUGUCGCGUCAACAAAUAUAUGGACUUAGUUUGAUAAA